AUGGGGCCACUUAAGCAAAUGACACAUUGCGGAAGCAUAAGUGCACUGUUCGCGGUGUUGAUAGCGUUGUUCGGCGUCAGCUCGUCGGCACUGACCACAUUCGGCAAGUCCAACACGAAUCAACAGGCAGCUCCAACGCCACCACCUGUGGUGGCGAAAAGCUGCUCCAAUCAUGGGGACUGUAGUACGAUACAGAACACGAGCUGCGUAAUCGAUCCGACCGAUGAUCGCAUGCGGUGCCUGUGCGGUGAUUUCAAGGCACCGGUCAACGGAUUGUGUACGGCCAAAUUCAAGGGGCUACGCCACCUGUGUGCGGAAUCACUCCAGUGCGACUACGGUAUGAUGUGCGCCAUCGAGAACGGCACCAAACCGACGACGACACUCGUGACGAGCAAAACCUUCCUCACCAGUAGCAUGCUGAACAGUAACGGAAACGGUACCUAUAAAGUGUGCCUGUGCGACGAAGAGGCGGACUUUUUCGAGAACAAACACGAGCGCCACUGCAGCGGAACGGUUAUGCUCGUGACGUCGGGCAUGUUGGUUCCGCUGGUUCUGCUGCUGUUGGGUACAUCCAUCGCCAACCAACCGGUCAACCACUGGAAUUCGGUCAUUUAA